CAGUUGCAUUCUGUAUAUCGCUGUGAGUGUGUCUUGUGCGCGUUAUCUCCUAAACAUUGUACCGACAUAGAAAUUCACCAAGAUGUCCCAACAGACCCGCCUGUCCAGUGUCCGGAUGUGUUCCAUCGGCUGCAUCGCUAUAUUAUUAUAUGUAAUCGACAGAUCCCUUGCUCAACUGGACGGCUACGUACCUGGUGAAGACUAUCCAGUGUUCACCGAGGUUCCCAAGGGUCUCUCCUUCACCUGUAAUGACAAGAUACCAGGAUAUUACGCCGAUACGGAAACCAUGUGCCAGGUCUGGCAUUGGUGCGUGCCCAGCAUUGGUGGGAAUGUUAUGUACUCCUUUGUCUGCGCCCCUGGGACCGUCUUCAACCAGAGGUUGAGGGUAUGCGACUGGUUCUACAAGGUGGACUGCCCUAAUUCACCAGGAUAUUACGGCAUCAACGAGGAUUUAUACAAAGAUGAAGCGGGCAACUACAUCGCUGGGAAAAAGUAGUUCAUUUUUCAUUACACCUAAGUAGCUAGAUUGUUCUAUUCAUAGAUCAAACACCUUUAGAUGAAGUGUGCCAAUAUAAACGCUUUGCUAUAAAAACAGUCAAACUUUUUUAUUAUUAUAUGCCUGAUUAAGGGGACCAAAUUUGAAUAAAAAUUAAUACGUGGAAGAAUUGUAUAUAAUAACAACUUUAUAACUAUUUAUUUAAUAAAAAAUAAAAAAACUAUAAAAUUUUUAAGAAUAAGGUAGAGUGAACAUUAUGACUCAAAAAGAUUUUUUUGCGAUUACUGUAAUUAACAUUUGGCAAUAUGUAUUUAUUUAUUAUCAAAAUCAGUAAAAAUAACCGCCAUUUUAAUUCAUGCUGUAUGAGAAAAAUAAUUCUCAAUUUGUACGAAAAAGUUGAUUGACUGGUAGAGAAUGCUACCAGCAUUCACUCAGCCUCUUGUCCGAUAUCUUUAUUUGGUCAAUAAAGAUAUAUAAAUAAAUAAAUUUCCGCCUAAUUUGAACAAAUUUUAAUUGUAUGACGUUCGAAAAUGACGAAGAUAGUUAUGUUUUAAAAAAAUAUGCGUCAACCGACAGUUGUCGUUGCCUAUUUAGUGGAACGUUUUAUUACUCGUUACUCCAUCCAGAGGCGUGUGAUCUAUGGCUGCAUUGUACUUAAGUAGUUAGAACCUAAACAAGUCAUUGUAUACAAAUCGGUAGGUACUUUUGUAAAUUUAUUUCAUUUUUUGAGCACUGCACUAAUAUUGUUGGAAAUUAGAACAACCAAUGGCUCUAAUUAUUAGGGUUUCGUAGGCAUAUUUCAAAUUUUUCAUUGCACUUUACACUUCUACAAUUUAUUGUUUAUUGCCCACAGAAAACAAUUUACAGAUAAAAAAUCUUUAAUCUUUAUAAAUUAGUGUAAAACCAUGAUACAUUUAAUCAGUUUCAAUCUAAUAUAAUAUACAUUUUACCAGAGGGAGACUUUGUACAAAAGUCGUUUGCUUGGCCACCUCUGUCCCAUUCGUGUUUCAACCGUGAAGCAGUUGUGUUUGCAUGGCUGUGUUGCGGUUUGAAGGGUGGGAUAUGACAGUGCAUUUACAGGGUACAGAGGAAUAACACCUGAGUCCUCAGGAAUGGCAACGCAUGGGGGGUAUCAUGAGCGAAACAGUAUACUCUGUUAUGUCCAUGAUACUGCUCAUGUCUAUAGGCGACGGUUACCACUUGCCAUCAGGUGGGCCGUCAGAUUGUUUGCUAUUUCUAAGUUGCAUAAAAAAUAUUUUAGGUACAUCUUUCCAAAUUUAAUGAUUCUAAGUCAAUGGAAAGCGAUAGGCAAAAAACUUUUUGAUAGGGCAGAAGUCAUAUUUAAGCGGGUUUGAAACAGCGAAUCUAUCUAAUUUUCUUAGGACCGAAAUGAGCUAAAUUUUUAAUAGAUAUAAUUCGAAAUUAUCAUAAAUUCCGUCUAUAAUGGUCCAUAAAAAAGUAAUUUCAAGAAAUUUUCAAUUUAAAAUAGAUAGAUAGGUACUUUUUAUAGUUUCGCCCCAAGAAUUCCUCGCAACAAGAGUUCUUAGGUAUACCCGCCUAUGCUUAAGGUAUAAAAAAAAGGUAUAAAGCGGGGCACCAGUACAAGAUGUAAUGCUGAGGAUAAAGGCCAGUCGGCCUGUCGUGGCAAUUUCAACAGUAAUAAACCACGAUGGUUUCCAGAUGGUAGCAUAGAAAAUUCGACCUUACGGUGUAUGUUUUUAUAUGAUAACGGAACGGUAGUCCUAACGGUAUACACUGGGGGGAAAGGGAUUUUUAGUAAUGGAGACUGAGAAUCCCAUUGCUAACAAUAUACCCAGCCAGGUCUACCUCCACGCGGUUCUCCCUGGCAACUAUCAUGUUUAAUUCUUGUUGAAUUCAUCAUGGUGGGCCAACUGACCUGCAUUUGUUUUCACAUAUCAUCUUCCACUGGUGCCCCGCCGGUAUAUACCGAUAGCGCGGGCGGGGUUACCAUUACAUUUUCACUCAUUAAAAAAAAUAGUAUACACUGGCGGGGCACCAGUGAGAGAUGAUAGGUGACAAUAAAAAGGCAGGUCAGUUAGCCCAUCGUGAUGAAUACACCUGGCAUUCGGCACGAUGGUCUCCAAAGGGGGCCGCGUGGAGGUCGACCUGACAGAUUAUAUAAGUAAUUAUUGGUUUAGCAUGUUGUACAAAUUUUGUAUGAUAUUUGGUUUAUAUAAUUGUCAUAUACUUAUGGAAAUGUAUUUUUUAAGAAAUUACCUAUUUUAUGGUCGCCGUGACAUAGUUAGUUACCAAUGAAAAUAUGAUAAAAUUUUAUACAUAAGUACAGAAAAUAAAAAUAAAAAAAAAAUAUA